ACAAGAGGCUCGUUGCGCCCUGCGCAAAGGGCUUCACGGCGUGUUGGCGUCGUUACUUUUGAAACAAGUGGCGGGGAACUGCUUGUUGGAGUCCUUGCGCUUGCUGUUUACCAGGUGGAAACGCGUCUUUGCGCCUGACCAUGGCGCGGCAGCUCUCCAGUGAGCAGGGUAUCACCCUGCGCGGAAGCGCCGAAAUCGUGGCGGAGUUCUCUUCUCUUUGGCAUCAACAGCAUUUAUAUCAGCGCGGCAUAUAUCCAUCUGAAACCUUUACUCGAGUGCAGAAAUAUGGACUCACCUUGCUUGUAACUACAGAUCCUGAGCUCAUAAAAUACCUAAAUAAUGUGGUGGAACAGCUAAAAGAUUGGUUAUACAAGUGUUCGGUUCAAAAACUGGUGGUAGUCAUCUCAAAUAUUGAAAGUGGUGAAGUCCUUGAAAGAUGGCAGUUUGAUAUUGAGUGUGACAAGACUGCAAAAGAUGAGAGUGCACCCAGAGAAAAGUCUCAGAAAGCUAUCCAAGAUGAAAUUCGUUCAGUGAUCAGACAGAUCACAGCUACAGUAACAUUUCUGCCACUAUUGGAAGUUUCUUGUUCGUUUGAUCUGCUGAUUUAUACUGACAAAGAUUUGGUUGUACCUGAAAAAUGGGAAGAGUCAGGACCACAGUUCAUUACCAAUUCUGAGGAAGUUCGUCUUCGUUCAUUUACUACUACAAUUCACAAAGUAAAUAGCACGGUGGCCUACAAAAUUCCUGUCAAUGACUGACAGAUGAGAUGAGGAACAUAAUGUACUUGUAAUUCUCAAAUGUGGUUUUCCUGAAACUAAAUCAACUCUAGUUGAUAGGUUUUAUUUCAUUAUUUUUUAGAUAGGGAAAACCAACAUACUUUACUGAACUGUGCGUAAUUGUUCCAUUGUUUAGUACCCAUGUGACUUUCCAUAGGGUUAACAUCAUGAAUUAGAGGAGAGUAAGGUAUUUAUUCCCUUGUUAAUGUGUUUGGCUAGAUAGAUAAACAGAAAAGCAUAUUGCACAUUGUUCAAAAGGGAACCAGCAGAUUUUGUCAGCAUUUUGUUGAAUGUGCUAACCAUAGAUAGGAAAACUUUUGCUAUAAAGCUAAAGCACUUCCUAAAUCAUACAUUUUGGUCAAGUAGCUUGAGUCAGAAUAUAGAUAAGGAGAUAUUUUAAUGUAAAAUACAGCCAAAGAUGUCUGAAUAUUCAGAAUCUUGCUUCAGAUUCUGAAAGUAACAUAACACCAGUAAUGAAACAUAGCCCUAUUAGGUCCUUUUGCCAUGUUAAAAAAAUUUUCAACAAUUUGAUUUUAAUUUAUAUAACUGGUACCUUUGAAGCCAUGGAUAUUUCUACUGUUUAAUUUCCUGUGAUACAGAACGCUUCUUAAAAAAUGUCUUGUAUUAUAAAAUCAAGCUUUAAAUGACAAUGAUGAAAUAAAGUUAAAUUUGUAUGUUUUAAGUUUGUCUUAAAAAAUUUUGAUGUUGUGGUGUUAAUACAGUUAAAUGGUAUUCAGGAUGGGUUCAGUAUAGCAAAUGAUAUAUUGCGAUUACAAGGUUUUAGGUCCUAAGAAUAUGAGUCUUGAAGUAUUUUGAAUCUAAUGGACAAGUUUGAUUAUACCCCUGUCAUCUCUUAGCAAUAGACUUAAACAUCCUUGUUUGCAUUAAAAGAUAAAUUUCAUUUGAAUUAGUUGACUUACCCAAAUGUUGGAUUGUAGUACCUUUCUAUACUCUUAGCCUUACCAUCUUGCCUUACUUGUAAUAUUUCUCACUAUGUUCCUAAUAGAGCCUUUUCUUAUUGUCAGCCUAGUUUUCUUUGUACUUACUUAAACCAUACUUAAUCCUGUGCUUGUGCCUCCCUUAAUAUUCUCAUCAGACAUGUACUUUUUAUUCAGGUUCCACCUAUUUUUUGCCUUCAGUUUAAAGCAAAUUUCCAAGAAGUCUUUUCUAAUCUCUUAUAAA